GCUUACGUCACAGUUUGUGUGCACAAACUCGUCACGUGAUGCACAAUACUAUUUCGAGGGACAAACAUUGCAGUUUUUCGCGCGCCUCAGUUUGACAGCUGUCUUCACGUUACUUACAUUAUUAUCGCCAUGGCUUCUACCUCUACUUUGUAUAACGUGUCUCUCGUGCCUGAUGACGUCCCAGGAGCGACAUUUAUUUAUGUUGACAUCGAUCGUCAUUCCGUUGUUCAACUGAAACGGUGGUUGGAGUGCCGAGGCUUGCCUACGACAGGAACCAAGGUCGAACUCGUUGAAAGUUCAUACAGAUGCCAAGAUUGCAUAGAUGCGCAUCAGGACACCAACAUUGCCAUUUCCAUCGAUAAUGGGAAAUGGUACCAGAUGAAGGUUCAGGAUGUUUUGGCUUCUCUUAACAGUACAAGUCAGGCUUCGACUGUGAAGCAACCUCCCACGCCACCUAUCACAGGAUGGAAGAACUUCCCUUUUGGUAAUAUCCCUCCGACCUUUUCAUAUGGUGAUAUAUACCAGUACAUAAUUGCUUCAGCCAGACUACAGCCUCUACCACAAGUCACUCCUAUCAACACUAGUGAUGAUGAUGAAGAGGAUCAGGACAACACCUUUAGCACAGCAAAGCCCAUGAAGAAGGGAAGAGCUUUUUUUAAGAGUGGCCACAUACAAAAUAUUCAAACUUGUUCUAAUAAUGAUUAUUAUUAUCUUAAAUGUGAAUGUCUUCCGUCAUACAGACUGGGUAUGAUGUACCAUGCACAUGUUACACUUGAUAAGUAUGCUGUAAUUCAGGAUGCAUCAUGUGAUUGCAUUGGUUCAGCCACUGGUCGUUGUAGCCACAUUGCAGGAUUGUUGUUUGCUUUAGAGGAUUACACUGUUAACUUUGGUUAUGCUGCACCCUCAUGUACUUCUUUGACUUGUUCCUGGAAUAAACCCCGAAACAAAAAGAGAAACCCACAACCUGCUCAAACUUUGCAGUACAGCAAAAAGCGAGCACCAAACCGUGUCAUUGAUCAUGACCCACGUCCUGUUGUAGAUCAAUCCAAUAAAGCUGAUAGUAGUUUUGCGACUACUUUCAUUUCCACAGCACUAGCCCUGGACACAAAAACAUCAUGGCACAGCAUCCUAGAAAUAACUUACGAUGAUUAUGAAUUGUCUAAUGACUUAAAACUUUAUCUCAUGGACAGGUGUGAUGUUUUUAUUGAAAAUGUGAAAGAUAUCAUAUCAGAAUAUGGAGUUAGCCCAUGUGAAGUACCUGGUACUGAAGGUCAAGCAAUUUCUGAUCAGUGGCAUAAUGCCAGGUGGUACAGAGUGACAGCAUCUAUUUGUAAAGAUUGUGCUACUGUAUCCACAGGUCGAGGUAGAUAUCGUUUGUUAUCAUCACAUGUUUGGGGUAUUGAUUGUGUUGAUACAGCUGACAUGAGGUAUGGUUCAUGUAAUGAAAAAACUGCAUUUGAAGACUAUUCAUUAAACCAUAUAGAAACAUUUACUUGCCAUGCAAGUGGUUUCUGGAUAAAUUCCAAGUAUCCUGAACUAGGAUGUAGCCCUGAUGGCAUAUUGCAGUCUCUCAGUUCCGAUGUAGCUUGUGGAGUUUUGGAAAUUAAGUGUCCAUCAGUGCUAGAAAACAUUGCUCCAAUUGAGGCAAAAGAAAAACUCACAAAGAAGCAAUAUUAUUCAUUUUGCAGCACUUUGGAAAAUGGGAAACUCCAGUUGAAAAGAAAUCAUAAAUAUUAUUUUCAAUGUCAAAUGCAAAUGGCCAUCUGUGAAAAGUCUUUUUGUGACUUUGUAAUAUGGUCCCCAAAGGGCAUGUCAGUAGAAAGAAUAUUCUUCAAUAAACUAUUUUGGGAACAGACAUACCACCGCUUGAAACUAUUUUACAAAUAUAUUCUGGUUCCUGAGAUAUUUGAAAUGAGAGUGCCAAGAAAGCUACUUCCCUUUGAUCUGUCAAAGUAAAUGUUACAAACUGUGUUAUCAAUAAACAAAUGUAAACAAAUAACCAGACAUGGUAGUUAAUGGUAAAUGUACUGUUUAUUUACUUCAACAAUACUUUGAAAAUAUGUACAGUCAUAUGCUGAGUACAUGAUGAAUGAUUCAGCCUCUUAAAUACUGCAUAUCAUAAUGAUUGUUAGUGCAAUACUAUUUUAUACAUGAACCUCUGGCUUGAAUGCAUAGAAAUGCUGCUCAAAUGUAACAUUUUAUGUUUUGGUAUUAUUCUUUUUCAGUGAAGUAUGGUAGAGAUGAUAGUAAGUUUGUAAGGUUAGUCCAACCAAUCUGUCUAAAGUACUAGAAUCUGUACCAUACUUUAGUGAGAAAGUGUAAUCUCAAAUAUAACAUGUUCAUACAAAUAAAUCACACCUGUUACCACUGUGUCACUGUGCUAUUUACAUCCAUGAAGGAUUUUACUAAUGAUGUCAUUCUGUGCUAUAAUUGCACAGGCUAUUGUAUUUCAUGCCUCCAAGUGAAAUAGUUAUUCACUUUCGGGAAUCAUUAUGUAUUUUGUGUGAUGACAACAAUGUUUGUCAGGGACUAUUUCUUGUGUACACUCCUGCAUUGUGGCUAAAGUCUGUCUGACUUGUGACCCAGAUAAACAAUGACCUAUUACACAAGUAAAUGACAAUUUUCUGAUAACUUUCUUGCUCAGAAGUGUUUUAAAGUAUAUUCCAUGACUGAUACUAUUGAAAAUUAAACUUCAUUGCACUGAAGAACUAAUUUGAUCUGUUUGACAUUUCUAUGGUUAUGGUGACCUGUCAACAACAUUUAGGUAAGGCAUGGUGACUGUAAAUAACUGGAUGUCUGUUUUCCUAUUAAAGUCAUAUUCAUUAUCUGAUAUUUUCAUGCAUUGUUUUAAGACAGAGUACAAUAUAUACCGGUAUUCUACUGUUUUUCCCACCUGUGUACCUGCAAUAUGAAAGUAGUUCAAGGUUUUGACAUUUGUUGCUGAGGCACUAUUUGACAGUCUUCUGUCCAUAUCCUCGGUUUGCAUUUGCCACAUAUUUUAGUAAAUCUAGUAUAGUCCAAAUUAUUAAAGGCCACAUAGGACAACAUCAAUUCCUUGAUACAGAGUAUAUUUAUGCUACACUGGCCCCAAGUUAUCAAUGGUCUUAGCAUACAUUUGACAUCUGUCAAAUGCCGCCCCAGAUGCUUGGUCUGAACACAUGGUUGUGCUUAUUGCUAUAUCAGAUGUUAGAUAUAGAAACUGGUAGAUAUAUGUAAAGAAACCAAACUACUCAAGAUUGUGUGAAAUGUGUUCCUGUAACUAUGUGAAAAAUGAGUACCACUUCUUACUGAUUUGUACUGCUAAUGAUGAUCUACGUUAACGUUUUAUCCCUGUGGAUGUUUUCACCCAUUCAACCUUGUGUAGAUUUAAUCAACUGAUGAGUAAUGCUACUCCUUUGGUUUUAAGAAAUCUUGCCUUGUUUAUCUUCUAUGCUAACAAUCGUCGACGCUACAGCUUGAAGGCUGCCAAUGUAUAACGUUGUACCAUGGGCCGGUGGCCUACAUUCACAUGAAUAAAGACUAGACUAGUUACAUCAGAUGUUAGCACAAAUCUCAUUUGUCCAAUCUUUUCAGACACUUUGUAUCACAUAAGGACAAUACCAAUUGAUAAAAGGAAACUGAUUCUUUUGUAAGUUUCACUUGUCAUAGAGCUAACCACCAACUAAGAUGGCGGCCACUGAUGCUACGAUGGCGUGAAGAUAUUGUCCAUUUAAUUAUAACAAAUUCUCUUGAUAUCCUGAUCAUUUCUACUGUGUCCUAAUUGUAUUCUGACAAACA